UGGUUGAUGGAUUCCACCAAUGGAUUGAAACAUUCGGUACCGGGGAAGGAGGCGCCACUUGUCACUGACACGCUCACUCUUAGGAUGUUUGUGGGGACUUGGAAUGUCGGAGGAAAGUCUCCGAACGAGGGAUUGAACUUGAGGGAUUGGUUGCUGUUGCCUUCUCCAGCUGAAAUCUAUGUCAUUGGGUUCCAGGAGAUCAUACCCCUAAACGCAGGGAACGUGCUUGGGCCAGAAGACAGUGGGCCAGCAGGGAAGUGGCUGACCCUAAUUCGUGAAGCCUUGAACUCUAACACAAGCUCCAAUGGAGAAAGCACUACGACAUUGCCUUGUGAGAGUAGGAUCCAACGCGACCCAAGUGAACAACAACACUAUUAUUGUCUUGCAGCCAGCAAGCAAAUGGUGGGUAUCUUCUUGUGCGUGUGGGUCCGAGCGGAUCUUUACAAGCAUGUUUGCAAUCUAAAGGUGUCAUGUGUUGGUAGAGGCAUCAUGGGCUAUCUAGGAAAUAAGGGUUCAAUAUCAAUCAGCAUGACAUUUUACCACACUACGUUCUGUUUCGUGUGUACCCAUUUGGCCUCCGGAGAGAAAGAUGGUGACGAGAUGCGAAGAAAUUUGGAUGUCUCGGAAAUCUUAAAGAAAACUAAAUUUUCUCAUUCAUUCAAAGCUCUUGGUCAUCCACUUCCUCCAGAAAGCAUACUAGAGCAUGAGAAGAUUAUUUGGCUUGGGGAUUUGAAUUAUCGGCUUGCUGCUGGUUAUAAUGACACACAUGAGCUAUUAAAGAAGAAUGAUUGGCAGGCACUAUUAGAGAAGGAUCAGCUAAGGAUAGAGCAGAGAGCUGGUCGAGUAUUUAAAGAGUGGAAGGAAGGGAAAAUACUUUUUGCUCCUACUUACAAAUAUUUAUUCGAUUCUGACCAAUAUGUUGCCCAAACCAACAAGUCUAAGGAAAAACGACGGACCCCGGCUUGGUGUGAUCGAAUUCUGUGGAAAGGUGAAGGGCUUGAGCAACUAUGGUACGUGCGAGGAGAGUCCAAAUUCUCGGACCACAGGCCCGUGUAUUCACUAUUCUCUGUCCACGUGGACUUGACACGUAAGAAGCUAACUCCCUCGAUUGCGGCCCCAGAUUUGUCAAUCACAAGGUCGUGUCCCUCUCGACCCUUGACAAACACUGCCAUGUCAUCAUCGUGCUUCGCUAAAGUUCAGGCAGAGGAGCAGCUAUUGUUACUAACGGGGGCACAAAGAUGCAUAGACCCCGCACCUGCAGGGAUCUGA